AUGAUCAUCCCUGCGGCAUCCUGGCUGACUCGGCUGGUGAUCGAUUCCUGCCAUCGACGGACACUGCACGGGGGUGUGCAGCUGACACUCGGCCUGCUCCAUCUGCGCUUCUGGGUACCUCGAGGAAGAACCACCGUCAAGCAGCAGCUACACCGAUGCGUAACCUGCACUCGAUGGCGUGCUGCCACGCCACAACCUCAGAUGAGUAACCUUCCUCGGGACCGAGUAACGCCAACUCGUCCGUUCCUCAGCACCGGCUCAGAUUACGCGGGACCCAUCCUCCUCCGGACCAGUAAGGGGCGUGGACAUCGUGCGCACAAAGGGUACAUCGCAGUCUUCGUCUGUUUCUGGUCGAAGGCCAUUCACUUGGAAGUUGUCUCAGACUACACCUCAGAGGCUUUCAUCGCCGCUCUGCGCCGUUUCGUCUCCCGCAGGGGCCUGUGUGCUGAGAUUUACAGCGACUGCGGCACAACGUUCAUCGGGGCAGAUCGUACGUUGCGCAGUCUCUUCAACGCAGCGACAGUUGAAGGUCAGAGUAUUGUCCUUGCCGCCACCGCUCAAGGAAUCCGCUGGCAUUUCAACCCGCCAGCGGCCCCGCACUUUGGUGGUCUUUGGAAGGCCGCCGUGAAGUCGACCAAGUUCCACCUCCGUCGGGUGAUCAGCGAGACCACCCUUACGUUCGAGGAGUUGAGCACACUCCUCGCCCAGAUCGAAGCCUGUCUUAACUCUCGUCCGUUACAGGCACUCUCAGAUAAUCCAGAGGACGUCUCGGCGUUGACCCCCGGUCACUUCCUCGUCGGGGCGCCGCUACUCGCUGUGCCGGAACCGUCAUUGACAGGGCAGACGAUAUCCACCUUGCCACGCUGGCGUCAUCUGCAGCUGAUGAGGGAUCACUUUUGGCAGCGAUGGUCAUCCGAAUAUGUGCACGGACUCGCCUCACGCACCAAAUGGUUCAAGGACGAAGCUGCACCCAACGUCGGCGAUCUCUGCCUCGUGCGCUCCGAGCUCACCCCACCAAGCCGAUGGUCCCUCGCUCGCAUAACGCGAUUGCAUCCCGGGGACGAUGGGAUUGUACGCGUGGUGUCAAUCCGAACGGCCACGUCCGAGCUUGUGCGCCCACUCAUCAAGCUUGUUUUCCUUCCGGGCGUGAACGCACCUAAACCGCACGCUGACACUUUGUAA